CACGGCCGGGGAUGAUUUUAUUCGUAGAAUAAUUACAUUUCAUAAUAAUAAAAUCAAAGUUUCCAGAAUGGGCCCAAAUUGGAAUUUUCUCGGGCCAGCACAGCACAGGAGAGAUCCCUUUUUUUAAUUAGUGAAUCAGUUUGUUUUUAAUUUUUAAAAUUCAAUUCUUUUCUUCUUGAACUCCGUCGCAAAUCUUCUCCCUCACGACGAUCCUUCCUUUUCACCUUCCCCUUCCUCUCUCUUCCUCUUCUCUUUCUCUCUCUCGAAAUUGCUCUGUUCCAUUAAACCCUGAAUUACAGAACCUUUUCCAGUGUGAGAUCCGGGAGAAGCAGAGAAGAAGAAGAAGAAGAGUAAUCGGAUUUCGAGCCCAAAAGGAGCUGCCGGAAAAGAUAAAGGAAAAGAAAGGGGAGGAGGAGGAGAAUCGCUCAAAGGGAAAGCAAAAGUUGGGAGAUUUAUUAGAAAGAAGCUCGUUCAGCGCUUUGCUUUCUUUCUCCCGUUUUGAUUGAUUCUCCUCUCCUUGGGGGUUUUUUUUUUCCAUUGAGGGAAGGCGAAAGCUUUCCCUUUUCUUCAAAGCAGAUGGGUAUUGCUGUCGGCGGUGAUGCGUUAAGGGUUCUUUGCCCCUGCUUUUCUGCCAAAACUGCAAACCAAAGGUCAGUACUUUCGUGCCCUUGUAUGUAUGUACAUGUAUGGAUACAAGCCAAUUUAUGGAGUCUCGGAUGAUGGUGAAUUGUAUUUUAUAUUCUUGCUUUGUCGCUACCUUUCGCUGGUUUGAAAUUUCGGGUUUCUGUUUCCUUUACCCCUUCUAAUUGCAGGAGUUUUUUUUUUUUUUUUUAUAGCUUUGAUUAUACUGAAUUUGCUUGUCAUUUCGUCGGUUGAAUUGUCUGGCUUCUUUUUCCCUGUACUGUGAUGCUUCGUAUGCUCUAUGCUACCGCCAAAAGCUUGAUUCUAGAUGAGUUUUAGAGACCGUUGGUUUUAGUGUUGGAAGCAUUGCUAUUGGUCUCACAUCCGUGGUUCUCAUUGCUGUUUCUUUUUCAUCUGUGGUGCUAAAGAUUGUUGACUGUGGUGAAACAAUAUGAGGAGUAGACAUAGGGCAAGAACUGGGAGCAGCAACACAGUUAGGAAAGAUUUUCGGAAUAUAAUGAAGUGUUUCUGCUCUGGACAGCAACUAGUAGCGGCGGAUGAGAUGGUACCUGGGUCGGGGGAUACACCUUCGCCAAGGUAUCACACAGCGAGUGCUCGUUCAUCUAGAAGUAGCAAAAGUGGGGAGGCAGGCCUGAAACCAGAUGCCAGCAACAUAGAGGAAGCUGAAUUAUCCCUUCGAGGGCGUGGCUCCUUGAAUAAUGAGGAAGCUAGAGCAUUGUUAGGGAGAAUUGAAUAUCAGAAAGGAAAUUUUGAAGCCGCGUUACAGGUCUUUGAAGGUAUAGAUCCUUCUGCAGUCACUCCCAAAAUAAAAUCUAGUAUUGCCAGACAAGGUGAUCAACAUAGGAGGCCAUUACAGAAUUACAACAGCCCUCCUUUGUCUAUACAUGCAAUCAGCUUGUUGCUGGAAGCUGUAUUUCUGAAAGCUAAAUCGUUGCAACAUCUCGCAAGGUUUGAAGAAGCUGCUCAAUCAUGCAAAGUUGUUGUGGACAUAGUUGAAUCUUCUUUACCAGGAGGCUUGCCUGAAAACUUUGCUGCUGACUGUAAAUUACAGGAGAUUGUAAGCAAGGCAGUUGAGUUGCUUCCAGAAUUAUGGAAACAUGCAGAUAAUUCACAUGAGACAAUUAUGUCUUACCGACGAGCUCUCCUUUAUCGUUGGAACCUUGAUGUCCACACCACUGCAAGGAUCCAAAGGGAGUUUGCAAUUUUUCUUCUGUACAAUGGUGGGGAAGCAAGUCCUCCAGACCUGCGCUCCCAGAUGGGUAGUUCGUUUGUACCUAGAAAUAACUUAGAAGAGGCCAUAUUGUUAUUAAUGAUUCUGCUGAGACAAAUCUCUCUUAAGAAGAUUGAGUGGGAUCCAUCAAUCUUGGACCAUUUGUCAUUUGCUCUCUCGGUAUCUGGGGAUCUAGUAGCAUUAGCCAACCACAUUGAGGAAUUGCCUCCAGGAACAAUCAGCAGAAGGGAAAUGUACCAUACUCUUGCCCUCUGUUAUUGUAGUGCUGGGGAGGAUAUGGUGGCUCUAAAUCUACUUAAGAAACUGUUGCACAACAGUGAAGACCCAAAUUUUGUUCCUGGUUUGCUAAUGGCUUCGAAGAUUUGUGGGACGACCCCUCAACUUGCUGCAGAAGGUGUAAAUUAUGCCCGUAGAGCCCUUCAAAAUGUGGACAAUGGAUGCUAUCAAUUAGAAAGCACUGCCAAUCUUCUGUUGGGAAUAUCACUAUCCUCGUGCUCGAGAUCAGCAUUUGCAGACUCCGAGAGGGUCCCCAAACAGUCCGAGUCACUUAAGGCCCUUGAAACUGCUGCCAAAAUGACCAAUUUGGAACACACCGAUAUUCUGUACCAUCUCAGUCUAGAGAAUGCAGAGCAGAGAAAGUUAGAUUAUGCACUUCAUUAUGCAAAGAAGUAUGUGAAACGGGAAACUGGCUCGAGCGUCAAAGGAUGGUUACUCUUGGCGCGGAUCUUAUCAGGUCAGAAACGCUUUUUUGAUGCUGAAAAUGUCAUCAAUGCUGCAUUGGAUCAGACUAGUAAAUGGGACCAGGGAGAGCUCUUGAGAACUAAAGCUAAGCUACAGGUUGCUCGGCGCCAUGUAAAGAGUGCUAUUCAGACGUAUACACAACUUCUAGCUGUCAUUCAAGUUCAUAAUAAGAAUUUUGCCUCUGGAAUGAAGCUACAUAAGACUGAUGGAAUCCCUGCUAGACAAUUGGAAUUGGAGGUCUGGCAUGAUUUAGCCUCUCUAUACAUAAGCCUAUCUCGGUGGCGAGAUGCUGAGGUCUGCCUUUCUAAAUCCAAAGAGAUUCAGUCUUACUCAGCUACUAGAUGUCAUAUCACCGGCACCCUUCUGGAAAAGAAAGGCCUCCUAAAGGAAGCACUGAAGGCAUUCAUAAUGGGGUUGAGCAUCGACCCGGUCCAUGUCCCGAGUUUGGUAUCCACGACAGUUGUUCUGAGGAAGCUGGGCGGCGGAUCCAAUGAAAUAUUGAGAAGCUUUCUAAUGGGGGCACUGCGGCUCGACAGAUUGAAUAUACAGGCUUGGUACAACCUUGGCUUUGUGCACAGAGAUGAGGGUUCCCCUUCAUCAUUGCUCGAAGCUGCCGAGUGCUUUGAAGCUGCCACCCUUCUUGAAGAAACCGAACCGGUUGAACCUUUUAGAUGAAAUCAUGGGAUGGUGCUGUAACACAGGAAGAUGUAAGAAUUUGUACCACCUCGUAUAUACACUGAUAUGAUGACCUUCCCCACUGAGUUUUGGUACAUAAAAAUGAAAUAUAAAUCGUGGAAUAAAGAGUUCAUUUUGUC